UUUAGAGAAGUAACACAGGUAAUUGCAAUCUAGAGGGUUCUCUGUGGCUACGGCAGGAAAGCAGCUGGCCGUGGGGCCGGCGGGAUGCAGAGAAGGCUGGCGGAUCCAAACGGAGGAUGUGGGCUUGUGUUGAGGCACCUGUUGCCAGCGACGGCCUUGGCCAACCACGGGCACAGGGAAGAGGCUGACUUACAAGAAUCCACUCCUGAAAGAGCCCAGCCAGGCUGGGGCCAACUUCCACUUUCCUCUGGAGACUUUCAUUUUCGGGGCAUCCAGUUCUGAGUCAAAGAUUCCUCCUUCGAAACGUGGGACUUUCCAGAAAGACCACAGCCUCCUUCCGCACACCCACUUGACCCCAGAUGUUCUGGAUUUGGGUUGUUGAAGGAGUCUGCUGGCCUCUCGGGAGAAGGAUGGCCCUGUGGUCUCUGUGGAGCCUGCUUCUCUGGGAAGCCUCCAGCGCCCAAGUGCACGGCCAGGUUGGGGGCUCCGUGCUGCUGGUGGCAGAGCGCCCUGCUGGCUUCCAAGUCCGAGAGGCCAUCUGGAGAUCUCUCUGGCCUUCCGAGGAGCUCCUGGCCACAUUUUUUCGGGGCACCCCAGAGACUUUGUACCGCUCCCGCUUCCUGGGCCGAGCCCAGCUGCACAGCAACCUCAGCCUGGAGCUCCGGCCGCUGGAGUCUGGAGACAGCGGCAACUUCUCCCUGCUGCUGGUGGACACGGGCGGUCGGUCCCGGACCCAGGUCCUGCGGCUCAAGGUGUACGAUGUGGUGCCCAGACCCGUGGUACAAGUAUUCAUCGCUGUACCAGGAGAGGCUCAGCCACCCAAGACCUGCCAGGUGUUCCUGUCCUGUUGGGCCCCCAACAUCAGUGAUAUAACCUAUAGCUGGCGACGGGAAGGGACCAUUGACUUUGGUAUGGAGCCAAGCGACCUCUUCACGGAUGGACAGGUGCUGAGGGUUUCACUGGGACCAGGAGACAAGAGCACGACCUAUUCCUGCAUUGUCUCUAACCCUGUCAGCUGGGACUUGGCCACUGUCACCCCUUGGGAGAGCUGCCAUCAUGAGGCAGCCCCAGGAAAUUCCUCCUACAAAGAUGUGCUGCUGGUGGUGGUGCCCAUCUCCCUGCUCUUGACCCUGGCUGGUCUCCUCUCUGCCUGGCACUCCUGCUACUCAGGGAAAAAGCAGAAGGACGUCUGUAAUGACAGAGUGACUCCAGAGACAGAGAACCCCCUUGUGUAGGGUCUGGAUGAAGGAGGACAUAAACUCUUGCCUGGACCAUCAGGAAGCCCACUGCCCAAGCACAUGAUACUCUGGAACACACUGGUGUCCAGAAACCACCAUGGGCCUUGUGCUUCCACUGAGACUUCUGUCCCACCACCUCUAGACAGCUAUUGCACUGGGAGCUGCCCAACAGAAAACACUAGCACAACCUUCCACAUCCCCCCCCAACCCCAUCCCUGCUUCCACCCCGCUCCUGGCUCUGCUUCGGGCAAGAUAACAGACCAUCCCCUCAAAGACACUUGAAGUUUUCCAGGAUCCACAGCGACGUUGAUGGUCCCAGGCAUUCACCACCCCCACCACGGUUCAUGAAGUACUGUUGCAGGCAGAAGUUGUCUCCUCAAAGUCCAUUUGUUGAAGUCCUAAUCCCCCAUCUCUCAGAAUAGGACUGUAUUUGGAAAUCGGACUUCAAAGAGAAGAUUAAAAUUACAUGAGGUCAUUGGGAUGGGCCCUAAUCCCUUAUGACUGGUGUCCUUGUAAAACAGGAAGAGACACUAGGGAUGCACACAGAGAGAAAAGGCCAUGGAAGGACACAGAGAGAAGGAAGACAUCUACAAGCCAAGGAGAGAGGCCUCAGAAGAAACUUAACCUGUUAACACCUUGGUCUUGUGCUUUUAGCAUCCAAGACUAUGAGAAAAUAAAUUUUUGUUGUUGAAGCCACUCAUUCUGUGACAUCUUGUUACAGCAGCCCUAGCAGACCAAAGCAAGUAUUAAUUGGCACCAAAGGAUUGCCUCCAGUCUGGGUCCCAGACGCUAAAAGACACUAGACAUCUGAACUAACAGAGAAACUCUGAACCACCCCACUUCUAGCUCUGGCCCCAGCCCAGCCCCUGUAGUUUGAGACCCUGAUGUUUCUUGAUGUUUGAGACAUUAUCAUAAGAAAAGAUCUAGAAAUAGGUGAAGGUGAGAGGCAGGGGACAGGGACUCUCUUUCCAGCAUGAAGGACUGUCAGGUCGUCUGACAUCGUGGCCCCUCAAGGGUAAUUCACAGGUAGAGACAAUCAAGAGAUGGUUGACAUAGCCUGGUUGGGGUGGGUGCCAUUUUGCAGGUAACACCUUGCAAAUGAUGUUUUCACCAUCUCUGCCGACCACCAUGCCUCCUGCAGGAUCUGAGGUUCUCUCUGCUCUCUCCAGCACAGUGACCACCAAAGAGGUAUUAAAUUUUCCGCAGCCAACAGAAAGCUCUUGCACGGCUUCAAGAAAAGCAGCUCAGCCUGAGGGCCUCUGCCUGAGGCCAAGAGGGUGAGGAGCCAGAACAGCUGAGCAGAAAACAAGUGCGGAGGGAACAGGGGCAGAGGCCUGGUAGAAUCUGCUACACUCAUUUUCAGAUGCAAGAGCAGAAGAUGCCCUCGUGAUCAAGGGGAAGAGACAAAGGCUCCACCACUCAGUGUGAAGACGGCCAAGGUCACUGUCUCAGAACAGCAUGUGGGAUGAAAGCUGUGAUGUGGCCAAUAAGUGGUUCUGUCUGGGAAAACUCUGGGACUUCGCCAUUGGAAACUUCUACUUGGGGGUUCGUGGCUGGCGAGUUCACCGUUACUCCCACCCAGGUGCCACCUGAUUCUUUUCUGGGACCUUCCUCAAGGCUUGGUACUAGAGAGGAAGGAGGCCUUGAAGAAACAGAGGCAGGCUAUGAGGUAUAUUCCCGGGACAGUUUCCAUCGCUCCGCCCAUGAGGUCAGUCCUGUGCAAGGAUCCCCCCUCCUUCCCCCAGGAGCUGGGCAGUCACUUCACCUUCGUCAAAUGGUCAGACAAUCAGCCUCUAGAUUCACAACCCCACUCAUCCACUCAACUCAUUCUGGAAUUUCCCUACCUUCUGGCUCUGCUCAGAGGUCCACAACUGGUCUCCAGGCUUUGUCUUUUCCUCCUGCCUUACCUGUGCCCACUCUCUCCCCUCACCUUCCCCCAAGUCCUCCUGUACAAUGCACAGGACCUCCCAACCUGGCAACUGGUGUUGCCUCCUCCUGUCACCUGGAGGCUUUCCCUGUGGCCACUGACAUCUUAUGCAAAGCUGUCCUCAGUCCCUAAAAAUGAUGUGAAAGAGAAAGCCAGGGAUCCAGCAAGGAGCCGUGGUGACUAUGUGGGGAAACACACACACACGGUAACUCCUUCCUUCCUUCCCUUCGUCUCCUGGGCCCCACCUCAGAUCAGAGCAGUUCUGGAUGGAAUGGGACCUACAUUUCUCCCUUCACGAGUUCCCUCUUAGUGACCUUAUUAAGUGGUUUGACGGGGCGGCACACCCGGGCUUUUUAAACGGAUCCAUGCUGCUGGAAUACAUUGAUAUUCCCAUCCCUCGUGAUUCACUUGUCAAGUACUAGACUAAUGAACCCCCCCCCCCAUCAGAAAACUCAGAAGACUUCUGAGAGAGCAGUGUGUGUGGCAAGCACUGGGAUUGAUGGUGUGAAGUUCGCACAGAACAAGUAUCGAUGGACGGUUCGGCAUGCGCUGGGUCCAGCUUGAGGCCCUGAGGAACCAGAAGUGAGUGAAGCAAUGUCCUUCCUUCAUGGAGUUUAUAUGCUGGGAACGCAAUAGGCAAGGAAGCAUGUGUCAGAUUUGAUGGGUUCUCGUAAGGAGAGAAAGCAGAGUAAAAGUCUAGAGAAUAAUGUGUCGGGGAGAGGGAGCCCGUCUCAGAUAGGCGAGUGGAGAGAACUGUGGGAUUUGU